CGCUUUCAUAUUCACCACAGUUUUCUUCUCCGCCAAGAUGUCCAAGCCAUCUUUGACCGGAUAUAUAACGGCGCACAGCCACAGCCGCCUUCACCACAGGAUUAUUUCAGGCUGCUCAUGGUAUUCUCCAUAAGUGCAGUCACGCGGUAUCGAAAGGGCAAAAGCUCGGAACAUCCCUACGGAUACUACCUCACCGCGCAGGAGUACAUGAGCCAGAUAACCCUGAUCGGCAGCGUCGACGCCAUACAAAACCUGCUACUAGUCUGCAGGUUUGGCCAGUACUACCACAUUGGGACAUCCCUCUGGGAGAUCUCGCAGUUCUGCAUGCGCCAGUGCGUGGAGCAGGACCUGCACAAACCUCCGAGGUCAAGGACGGAUCCCCUGCAGGAGCAGCACCGACGGCGCAUCUUUUGGGAAUGCUACAUCUCAGACCGCCACAGCUCGGGGAUACUGGGGAGGCCAUUCGCCAUCGCCGAGGCCGACAUCGCCGCCCAUCUCCCCGUCGACGUCGGCGACGACGCCAUCACCCGCGCGGCGCACGACGGCAAAACCAGCCUCUCCCAGCUGACGUCGCGCGAGCCCACCGCGGCGCCGACCGAAGUCUCCGUCUUCAUCUUCUGCAUCCGCCUGCGCCGCAUCAGCUCCAAGAUCCACUCUGCAUUCUACAGCGGCCGCGGCGUGAGCCCCGUCGACGGCAGCGACUGCUGCACCACCACGACCACCGGCACCGCGACCGCCGCCAGCAUCACCACGUCCGGCCACGUCUACGUCCAGCUGCACCGGUUCCUGGACGAGCUGGCCGCGUGGCGCCGCGACGCGCCCACCUUUUCGUCGCCGCGGUCGCUGUACGAACGCAGCGAGUGGUACGACUUUUUGCUCGAGAAGGACCGGCUGCUCCUGGUGCGCGGCGCCAUCCACCGCGCGCCGCGCCGCUCCCACGACCGGCCCCCCGAGGACCUGCUGGCCAUGUGCCACGGGUGCGCGGCGCGCGUCGUGGAGCUGUACGACGGCAUGCUGCGCGGCGGGCACAUCACCUGGACGAGGGGCUACUUCCAGGUCAUCUUCGCCGCGGGCCUGUCCGUCAUCUACUGCGUGUCGCUGGGCCUGCACCGGAGGGCCGGCGUGGGCGUCGAGGUGCUCGAGACGACGAGGCGCGCGCUGGGCCUGUGCAGCGACAUAUUGAUGGCGUUCAAGAGGGAGAUGCCCGACGCCGGGAGGUUUGCCGUCGUCUUUGGUAUACUCAAGGACCAUCUGCUGCGGGACCACGGGAGCUCGCUGCCUACUGUCGCCUCGACGGGGGCUGCAGCCGGCGCACAGGUGGUUGGUGGUGGUGGUGGUGGUGGUGGUGGCUCCUUGGAACAAGACGGCGCCCACCCCGAGAGUCUGGCGACCGUCGUGGCGACGACCUCGAGCGACGCUGCGGCAGCCGACGGGGGAACCUCGAGUGCAUCGCACGUGCUUCCGCCGGCCGACGUGGCCAUGAUGGACUGGCAGCACCAGCGGCACCACCCGGAGGAUGAAGACCCGUACGCAGCGCAGCAGGCUGGCCAGCAAAGCCUGUUCGACCCGGCGGUUGGCGAGGCGAUGGCCUUUUGCGACGGGGCUUCCUUUGGCACCAUCGACCCCGUCCAAGGGACGUGGCCCGUCCUCACCGACGAGGUCAUGGAGCAGCUCGAGGCCGGCUUGGACGAGUUUGCAUGGGGAUGCAGUGGUAUCGAUGGCUUUUACUAG